AUGGCAGAGGGUCUCGAAGAGUGGAUCAGCGAUUCCAACGAAGUUUUGAACCUCCAGCUGGUGAGGGCACCCCACGACGCGGAUGUCCUGAGUCGCGAGGAGGUGCAGGCCAUUGAGCCCUUCAAUCCUAGCUUCACAUACCCUAUCUUUGGCGAUACCGAGAAAAUAUUUGGCUACAAAGGUCUUGAUAUCAAGUUGCAAUUCGCCUCUGGCAGCUUGAAGCAAUACCUGAAUGUAGCUUAUGACGAAAAGCUCGCUUCCACCACUACCCCUCCCGACGAGAUUGAGCCCACUCUCUACAAGUUUAUCCCGCCAGACUACACCAAAUCCGACAUCCAAUUCGAAACAACCGUCAAGGAGGAUGCAGAGACUUUCAAGCCCUUUGGCGAGAAGCUGGGAUCCUACAAGCUGCCGUCGAGUAGUAGCCAGAAGAACAAAAAGGGAAAGGGAAAGGCCCAGGCGGUGGACACAGCGUCCCUCGACGAAAACAGUGAAGACACGGUCGUCUUUGAGAUGUACAAGGCAUCGUGGAACACUCCUGGGUUCCGAGAAUACCACCGCAGAAUGCAGCUCUUCAUCCUCCUCUUCAUCGAGGGUGGAAGCUAUGUCCACGAGGACGAGGAUGCCUGGGAAUUCAUCGUCUUGUUUGAGAGGCGAAAGCGACCUGAAUCAGAUAUCUUUACCUACCACUUUGCUGGAUACGUUUCAGUAUAUCCCUUCUGGUGCUACCCUGACCGGGUGAGACUUCGCCUCAGUCAAUUCGUUAUCCUGCCCCCGUAUCAGCACCAGGGACAUGGCUCGAAACUAUACUCGACCCUCUUCCAUCACAUGCUGUCCCGCCCCGAAGUCGCCGAGCUCACUGUCGAAGACCCCGCCGAAGCGUUUGAAGACUUGCGAGACCGAAAUGACCUUCGCCUCCUCGUCAAAGAAGGGCUCUUGACGGAUUCCAUGUUCCAAUCCGGUGUCGGACAGGGCAAGCGCGAAGCACGCAACGAGUGGGAGUCUUUGACCAGGAAAAAGUACAAGAUUGCGCAGAGGCAGUUCGACAGGCUGUUGGAGAUGUUGCUGCUGAGGCAACUGGACAAGAAGGAUGAGGCCAAGGUCAAGGCGUAUAGGCUGCAUGUCAAGUCUAGGCUGUACCGAUUCAACUAUGAAAUGCUGGUGCAAAUGACCCCCGAAGAGAGGAAGGAGGCACUGGCCAAGACGUACGAUUCGGUGGUAGAAGACUACGAACGUAUCCUCGAGAUGACUUUCCAUUGA